CUUUUGUCAUCUCAGAGUCGAUGUUGCUAGUUCGUCUUUCACCGACAGGUUAUGUUGAUUCCCAUAGAUGGUCAUUUAUUUCUGAUCACAAAAUUUUCAUUUCACCUGUCUAUCUAGUUACGUGUUCCCCCGUUUCUUUUCGAUCCGUAUGCUUGUCUCCGUUUCUAUUUCGCGUUUCCGAUGUUAUCAUCAUCAUCCACAUACAUACCACCCACGUGCAUGACGUUCUCCCGUCAUACUAAUGAUCCCUUUGUUCACAUAGCAUUUGACCGCAUGACCGUUAAGUAGUAAUUAGCUUGACUGACUGUAUGAACUUUACGCUAUGCUAUGUAUGUAUGCGCCUGGGGCGCUGACUUGGGACUGUUUGUUCGCGUCGCAGUCAUUUGUGUUCAGGCAUUUGUUGUUGUCUCGAUCUCGAUUUGUCUGUCUUGUGCAUUUAUUGUUUUCCGUACCGUUCAUAUCCGUGUCAUUAUCCGUAGAUAUCGCAACCGCGGAAUCUUAUUGGAGGUCGAGUGAAACCAGUAGCUUCGAUCCUGAUUCUGUCGGAUGCCAUAUCCAUUGUGUGUAUUAUCGGUCCAUUUUUGACCUCGCGUUUGUCCGGACGUGUUUCAAUAAGGUAGAAAGGUUCCGCCAGGUUUCAUAUUUCAUUGAUAGAACACUAGAACACUCAUUUUUCUUUGUUAUUUACUUCCGUUCCUUAUUAUUCCAUGAACUUUUUGAUUCCGCUGCUUUGUUACAUAACGUAAUACACAUAUCCGGUUACAUCACUCAAAAAACUAGGGGACUCGUAACAAUCGAGGACUUCCCUUUAACUGUCAGGACCUGGUAUGGCCGUUCAUAUCAUCGUGCCCCAGAGGCCGUGCUGCUCAGUAGUCGGGUCGACUGUCAUACUUAUGCAAUGCUAAUCUCCACGGCAUUAUGGACACGAUCUAUUAUGUUAUCAAGUUACCACGGAUAUCUCGCCCCUCUCGUUCCUGUCAACGUGCAUGUCUGUACGCUUCUUGGCGUCGUUUCGUUGCAUCUACCGUCCCGCGAUCGCUGCGGAAUUACCUCAGAAAAGAUGCCCCCACCAUCAGAGUCCCAUUUAAGGAGACGGUCAUUGAAGUACCCGCAACACUCACCGCUUAGGGUAUCAACAGGGACAGCUUGGUGACGACAACUCAAACAGCGAGAAUUGGAAGCCCCUUGGUAAGUGCUGCGCACAUUGCCGGACAGGCGAUACGACCACGAUUGUGGCCGGAGGUGCAUAAUCGGCGGAGACCCGUGGAGAUGGCGGCGGUAGCGCUUACCCUUUGCCCCACUGGCUGGACUACGUGGCCCUAUGACAUUGUUCAGACAGCCCGACAUGCGGGAUAUGCAGCUGAUACUCCGAUGGCUCUAGCGACCCUCUGAACCAUUCUAAGUCCGAGUCCAUAGACCGACGGCCAAACUCGCAGUAACUGGAAAAAGAGACCGAGUCGGAAGAGCCCAGCCACUCGAG